GUAAACUUUCAGAGCAUGCUUUCGCAUGCAUAUGACGUCAUAGAUUUUGUCGUCACGUCCUGCUUCAAUUACUGCGGCUGGUGAGGUGAGGCAGUUGCAAUAAAAACAUGGUCCGUAGAGCUGACACUUAGGGUGCGUUCCGUUUCAUGCACAGAACGCAUUGGUUCGUAUCACCAAUGCGCAGUGCAUGCCAUUCGUUCCGUUUCUUUCUGCGCAUAAUGCACGCAGUGUAACGGAACGUAUUUCGUUGCAGUCUAUGCGAAGUAAUGAUGGCUGCUGCCAAUGUUAACGCGUGUGUAAACAUUUCAUUAUUCAUAAUGAAUUGUAAUGACAGCGACAGUAGUAGUGAAGAAUCCAGUGAACAUUCCGACAAUUAUAGCGAAGAAGAAGAAGAAGACGAAUACAUUUCACAUUUUGAAUUAGAAAUUUUGUAUUUAGUAUUGAUGGUUGGUGAAACGCGCGGAGAAACAAUUUAUUUAGACAAAAUAUCUGAUUAUGUUGAGCGUGUUAUUCCUGGAUAUUCCCGACGUGUAUUUAAAGAACAUCUUCGAAUGUUUCCUGAAACAUUUGAAGAGGUACUACGAAAAUCGGUCCAGGAUUAAAAACCAUUAAUGCAGUACAUGCCGUAGGUGGAAGAAAUCCCAUCUCCAUAGAGAAACAACUACU